CAAUAAUAAAGUUGCACAAUCUAUUGACGGAAACAUCCGCUGCUGCACAUAGUUUGGAGUUAUGAAAUAAUACGCGUGGUGGGAUUCCUGAAGAUUUAAGACUAAAUUAUGCAUGGCCUUUAUUGAAUGGCUGCUUUAGGUCUUCGUCUGCCAAGGCCAAAUAGUAUUCGCUGCGGAGUUGUGAUCAAAUACUUGUCAACUGUCGGGAUGGACAAUAUGGGUAUGGCGAUCUGUCGUUCAUCCCUGGAACGCCUCGAGUUUGACAAUGUCGCUCUCAAAAAACUUCCUCUGGAUCCGUCUGAAGAACCUGGUGUAAAACAGGUAAAGGGUGCAUGUUUCUCCAGAGUACAGCCCCAGCCUCUGGUUAAACCCACAUUUGUGGCCGUAUCCAACGAUGCUUUAGCUUUGCUCGGACUCAAUGGCGAGGAAGUUAUGAAUGAUCCGCUCGGCCCAGAAUACCUGAGCGGUUCCAAGAUAAUGCCUGGAUCCGAGCCUGCAGCGCACUGCUACUGCGGGCACCAGUUUGGACAGUUUGCCGGACAGCUGGGUGACGGAGCGGCCUGCUACUUGGGUGAGGUGAAAGCUCCAGCAGAUCAGGACCCAGAGAUGCAGAAAGAGAACCCCAGUGGGCGCUGGGAGAUCCAGGUCAAGGGAGCUGGAUUGACGCCUUUUUCCAGGCAAGCGGAUGGUCGCAAAGUGCUGCGCUCCAGCAUCAGAGAGUUCCUGUGCAGCGAGGCAGUGUUUUUCCUAGGAAUUCCCACCACACGAGCAGGAUCGCUGGUCACCUCGGACAGCCGUGUCACCAGGGAUGUCUACUACAGUGGGAAUGCUCGCCAGGAGAAGUGCUCUGUGGUGCUCCGCAUCGCUCCCACCUUCAUCAGGUUUGGUUCCUUUGAGAUCUUCAAGCGGGCUGAUGAGAACACGGGCCGACAGGGACCCAGCUACGGUCAUGAGGAGAUCCGUGGCCAGAUGCUGGACUAUGUCAUCCAGACCUUCUACCCAGAGAUACAGCAGAACCACCCAGACAGACUAGAUAGGAAUGUGGCAUUCUUCAGAGAGGUAAUGCUGCGCACAGCUAGGCUUGUUGCUCAGUGGCAGAGUGUGGGCUUCUGUCAUGGAGUCCUCAACACAGACAACAUGAGCAUCCUGGGCCUCACCCUAGAUUACGGACCCUAUGGCUUCAUGGACAGGUUUGAUCCAGACUUCAUCUGCAACGCUUCGGAUAACUCUGGCCGCUACUCCUAUCAAGCCCAGCCGGCCAUAUGCAGGUGGAACCUGGCCCGCCUGGCUGAGGCCCUGGCCCCUGAGCUGCCUCCGGAGCGGGCUGUGGCCGUCCUGGAGGAGUACCUGCCCCUCUACAACAACUUCUACAUGGAGAUCAUGAAGAGGAAGCUGGGCCUGCUGAGGAAGGAGGAGCCGGAGGAUGAGAUGCUGGUCACAGAUCUGCUGCAGACCAUGCAGAACACCGGUGCAGAUUUCACUAACACCUUCCGCAGCCUAAGUCAGAUCUCCUGCCCUGCGGAAGGAGAAGAUGGGGAGGAGGGUCUAGUCAGACAGGCCACAGAGCUCCUACUCCAGCAGUGCACCUCCCUGGAGGAGCUUAAGGCUGCCAAUAAACCCAGCAUGGACCCACGUGAACUGGCCAUGCUGCUGUCUAUGGCUCAGAGCAACCCGUCUCUGUUCCAGAUGAUCUCAGACAGAAGGACUGUGUCUCGGCAGCUGGAGAAGCUGAGCAGGCUGAAGGAUCUGAUGGGGACCAGCCAGGAGGAGCUGAGGGCCCAGCAGGUUGAAGACUGGGGUCGUUGGAUCACUAGCUACAGGAAGCGGCUGGCCAGAGAGUGUGAGGGCCAUAGCGAUGUACCAGCCCUGCACGAGGAGAGAGUGAGGGUGAUGGACAGCACCAACCCCCGUGUGGUACUCCGAAACUACAUUGCCCAGAAUGCAAUAGAGGCAGCAGAGAAUGGAGACUUUUCAGAGGUCCAGCGGGUACUGAAGGUUCUGGAGAAGCCGUUCUGUUCCCUGCCGGGACUGUUACAGCCUAACUGGGUGGGCCGAGGGGGAGCGGAGGAGCAGGGAGAGAGGGAUGAAGGGAGAGAGGGAGAAGGAGGAGAAGAGGAAGGGGAGCACAGAGCAGGGUCAUCAGCAGAAGCUAAAUUGCCUGUUCCCUAUGAUAGCAAGCCCCCUGUUUGGGCCAGUGAAAUCUGUGUCACCUGAUCUUCAUAAUGCUUUCCUGACUGUUUGCUCACCUGAUGGUGAAGGAGAGAUUCCUUUCCUCCUCCCCCAACUCCAUACUCUUUCUCUCUGCACCCUAUCUCUCGCUCUCUCUCUCUCUAACGUCGGUGGGCAUAGUCAGAGAAGGCAACAUGUGUAAGGUACUCCUAUGUCAACCAGUCUACAGUGCUGACUGAGCGGAAAUGUAUUCAGAGGUAAAGCCCUGCACAUAUCAGAAUAUGCUAAUGUUCCACAUUUAAUGUAUUCAUUUGAAUUGAGACACUACCAGAAGCCAAGGGGCAAACUGUAUGACAUUAGUGCUAUUACGGUGAUGUUACAAUGUGUGUGUAGAGCUUUAACCCUGAACGUAGCCUCCUCUGUGCAGCAUGUCUGACUGGUUAAUAAUGACGACUCAGAUGCCCAGUCCUACUGUGACCCGUCUGAGGCAGACAGACUAGAGAGGAGCCUUAACAUGCACCAAUGUGUGUGUCUGAAUGGUUUGUCUGAAUGCCAAAUCAGACAAUUUAUUUUCAAAAGUGUGUGUGUGUGUGUGUGUGUGUGUCAGCAAUGGAAUGUGAAUGAGCUGCAUCUAACUUAAUACGCACAUCUCUACUAGAGUACAAAAUAACCAUAACCAAUAUACAUGUUGUUUUAGAGGUGUCCUAGCAGCAUUUAUUUACAUUCACAUUUGAAAAUGUAGCCACAGAACUGAUACGGUAGACUCAUCCAGAGUUGCAAAAAGAGCUUUGAGGAAGAGUAGAUAAUCAUAGCAUCCAAUCAACAUAAGCGGACAUUGACCCCUCAGCCUCAUCAUGACAACUUGACCACAGGCCGGAACCACCUAUGUCGGUCAUGAGAAAAAGUAGGAACAUUUGGGAAGCUUUGAAACUAUCCUUCUGUAAUCCCUGUAAUCUAAUCUAUGCCAGUAUAACACAUUAAUUGGUUUAUUAUUUCUAUGAUUACUAUGUUUACUGUUUGCCUAGAAUCUGAUUUAAAAACUGAUUUUAGCAAAGAAUGAUACUGAUUUAAAUGUCUUAGUGGACUUUUUCUUCUGUUUCUCUUCUGUGUGUAAAACAGACAUUUAUCCAGGAAAAAGAUACAAUCAAUCAGUCUUCCCAUUUGGUGUCCAACUAAAAGUAUAGGAUGCAUCAAAUAAGGCCUGUGAACUAUUUACUGUCCUUGCAUCAUGUUGAGUCAUGAUGAAGAAAAGUAUCUGAUUGUCCGCUUAGUCACAGCAGUUCUUCUCACUACCAAAUCAAUGUCCCAUUAAAGAUUAAUAUUUCUGUCUAUAAUCGAUCCAUUUGAACUUGAAUCCAGGACCUGGGAUAGUUUUCUUCUGGACAUUGUGAUUAAAAAAAAUCUUUGGAGAGCGUCCUCUGUACAUAAAUCAAGCAGGUAAUAAAGAUACUAUAGCGUU